AAAUUGAAGCCACUUGAUCUUGUUAUGAGAUAUAAAAUACAUUUACAGGUCUGUGCGUGGAUGCAGGUUUAUUUUUUAUAGAGUUAUAUAACGUUAAUCGCGCCAGUUUUCUUGAUUGAAUUGAACCGUGGAUGGCGCCAGGAUAUCACCAAACACAGUCGUUUGCAGCGGACCCACGUGUGGACACUUCCUGUAAAGGGGGUUGGCCUGAAUCAGCACCUUGAAAUAUCUGUUUUCAAGUGUUUUUAAGCUAUGGAGGAAUUACCUGCGGACCUCAGAGCUUUUCUUGUAAACCACCCGUUUCUUCAGCUUACAGAUGGCAAAAAGAUCCAAUGCACCCUAAAUGGCCACGAGUUUCCAUGCAACCUGACCGAGCUGCAGAAGUUCACUCAAGGGAAAAAAUAUGAGAAACUGAGUGCUGCUGCAGAGUUCAACUACAGCCAGUAUGAGCCACACAUUGUGCCAAGCACGAAACAACCCAAUCAGCUCUUCUGUAAGCUGACCAUCAGACACAUCAACCGGCAGCCCCAUCACAUCCUGAGACACGUUAACGGGAAACGCUUCAAGAAAGCUCUCUCCAAAUAUGAAGAGUGUGUGAAACAAGGGAUUGAAUUCAAUCCAGUCAGACUCCAACAGAAAAGAAACAGAGAUCCCGGACAGGAGGUGAAUCGGGGGAGGCCCUCAAAGCAGGGGAGCAUCUCAUGGGAACCCUCUUCCAGUGACGAGGAUCACAGUGACUCAGAAGACAGCAUGAGUGACCUCUACCCCCCCACCCUAUUCUCUUUGAAUAACACGGCGGAGGAAGACGUGGAGGGUGGCAAAGAUGAGGAGAAAGAUGAGUUCCAAACAGAUGAAGAUGAAGAUGAGGAAAUGGAGGUGGAUAAGCCAGCGGUACAGAAACGCAAGAAGGUCCAGGGUGGCGGUUUCCAGAAGAAAUUUAGAAAUAAUCACUGGAAGUCAGGGCGUAAGAAACGUGGGAAAGCGUUAAGUGAGAAGUAAAAUGCAAAACCAUAAACUGUAUGUAUAGUAUUUUUAUACCUGGUAAAUUAUCCGGAAGCACCUCUAGUUUGGAUUCCUGUGUCUGAGCCAGCCUGACGUUUUGUAUAAGCAAACAUCCAUUCAAUUUUUCAUAUUUUCUGCACAUGAAAUAUUGUCUGUUUUAAACGAGGCUGGUUUACGUCACAUUGAAAAUGUGUUAGUGGCAGUAAACACAUCAGUUUGGCUGGAUAAGCUGUAUUUUCUGGUUUGUAACCAAGAGUGCUGAUAUAAAAUACAACUCAGUUUGGAUUUGCAAAA